GGAUAAAAAGUAGAGCUGCUGGCAACACUAGCAAAACAACAUCCAAAAGGUGGAUUAAACCUGGACAUAUUUCAUUUUCCCUCCACAUUUUUUCUCACCGUCUUUACAGAAAGUAAGUGAUGUACAGUUUUUUUUUUUCUUCUUUUUUUUUCUUGGCAAUGCAGAGGUUUUAAUACUUUGAGUGUUUAGGAGAGGAGGAUUAGAGGGAUUAGUGCAGAAUACACUUACACUGGACAGUAUGGCAGUGGCUAAUCCAUGGGUGCAGAAAGAGUGGGAUGAAUGGAAAAGAGAGAUAGAGGAGAACAGGAGAAAAAGACUAAUAUGGAUGCAAAGGGUGAUGCGUUGGACAAGACUGGAGGUCACCUAUGAAAGGAAAGAGGAUGGAGAAGAAGAAGAUAGUGAUGCAGAGGAAGAAGAAAGUAUAAAUGACAAGAAAGAUAACAUGAGUAAAGAGGAAAAGGUAGACAGUGAAAGGGAUGAGAAAGAGGGAGGGGAUAUAUUGGUGGUAGAAGCAAAGAAAAUCGAGAGAGAUGUGACAGUAAAAGAUGAAAGUGGGACAGAACAAGAAGAUCCAAAAGAGGUGUCAGAAGUGCAGGAACAAGAGGAUGACAAUGAAAAAACAGGGAUGAGAGAGGUAGAUGAGGUGGAAGAUAAAGAAUUGGGAGAAAGAGAGGAAGAGGGGGAAGGUGAAAAUGAGGAGCAAAAUGAGGUUAAGUGGAAUGAGGUGGAUGUGGCGGAGAGUAACUUAGUCAAAGAAGACAUAGAAGGAGGUGAGAAAGAAGGUGAUAAUGAGGUGCAAAGGGAGGUCAAGGAGGACAAUGUACCAGAUGAGGAGGAAAAAGAGGAGGAGAGGGAAAGAAAUGUAGAAGGGGAAGACAAUAAAGAGCACCAAAUGGAAAGUGAGAGAGAUGGUGACAUGGAAGGUAGUGGAAUGGAGCAAGAAAAGCAAGAGGAGGGGGGUGAAGAGGUGGAGAAGCAGCACGAACAUGAGCUAAAUGAAGAAAAUCACCUGGAAGAGCACCUUCAGCAAAACCAAGAACCUACAGGUCAAGAAGACCUUUCAGAUUUGCUUGAAUUUGGCAAUUUAAGUAAAAAUUCCACCUUAAUGGGAUCUGAAGAUGAAGAGCAGAUCAAUAGGGAGAGGGACAACUACAACGCGAUAAAGGACGGAGAGUUAGAUGAUGAGAAACUCUAUGUGAAUGACGAGGAAAACUGUAGGAAAACGGCUUCUAUGGAAAGGAAAGAAGACGAUGAAGAAACAGUCACAGAAUCUUCAGCGACUUACGAUGAUGACUUUCAAGAUUAUCUGCUUGGUGAGAAAGAGGAGGAGUUUACAGGUGAUGAUGAAGCUGAACGUUUCACAGAAGAAGACUCAGAUGAGGUGAAGAUUUACAACAAGGAUGAUCAUCCCAGAGACAUAUUCCACACCUUGAAUGAGUUCAGGGACUCCUUCGUUCUCACUGAUCUUAUUUUGAACACAGUGGAUGGGAAAGGUCUGCAUGUGCAUUCCGUUAUCCUGGCUGCCGUUAGCUCUUUCAUCAGGAAUACUCUUAGUAGGAGCAACAGAGUACAUGAUAGACCCAAAGAAAAACUGUACACAGAUACAGCCAAUGAAGUCCACAUUCGGUCAGUGUUCCUGGGUCCAGAGGUGGAUCAUGUUGGAUUAGAAGCAAUCGUGGAAUUUUCCUACACUGGAGUGAUUUCAUGUCUGAACAGUGACACUAUAGAAAAGAUAAAAAUAGCAGCUCAAACACUGGGCGUCCCAAGAGUGAUGGAUAUCUGCACCAAAGAGGAGAAAGAGUCAGCAAAAACUGGAGCGCAAAAGAGGGAGGAAAAAGUGUCUGCUGAAGCACAACUGAUGAUCAAUCUUCAGUUGAUCAAAAAGCUGUGGAUGGACGGAGUGGGCUGUGACGUUAUCCUGGGAGCCCUCGGGGCAUCGUUUCAUGUCCACAGAGUCAUCCUGGCUGCGAGUAGUGACUAUUUCCGUGCUAUGUUCACUUUGGGGAUGAAGGAAUCCAAUCAGCCCUUUGUAAACCUCCCUUUCCUGUUGGCUUCAGAGCUAGAGGUUCUCAUCGGCUGCUCCUACAGUGGGAUACUUGCCCUCAGUUGGAGCUGUGUCUUCGAGAUCACCAGCACUGCUCUCCAGCUCCAGUACCAACCUGCCCUUUCCAUGUGUCUCAACUUUCUUCAACAAGAAAUUAAUCCACAGUCAUGUCUAGAUGUGGCGUCAUUUGCCAAUGCUUAUGGGAUGGUGCAGCUCCUCGAAGUCGCUGAAGAUUUUGUCUUGCGUCAAUUUCAAAAGGUGGCGUGUACCUCCAAGUUCAAGGAUCUGCCAGCCAAGCAGCUCUUAAAGUACCUGAAUAGUUUAUCACUUUGUGUUCCUUCUGAGCUUGUUGUUUUCAGAGCUGUGGUUUCCUGGAUCCAAGCAAAGCCAAAGAUAAGGCUGAGGUUAGCUAAAGAACUAAUGAAGACCAUUCACUUUCCUCUGAUGACCUUCAAGGAAUUUAAAGAGGUCAGAAACCAGAAUAUGUGGUCUGAGCACAGUUUGAAAGAACUUUAUGAAACAAUUUUUGAGGACUUCUGCUCCAUAGAAGUUGCUCCACAAAAUCAGUGCCGCAUCUAUCUGCCAAAAGAGAGUCUAGUCUUGAUUGGAGGCGACCAGAUCUCUGAAGACCUUGGUACUCGUAGCAUCAGCAGGGAUCUAUGGUUUGGGAAUUCCUUGAGGAACCACAUGGGCAUAAAAAAGGCCAUGGAAUGGAGAAAACUGGGAGAGAUGCCUGAUCCAGCAAGGUUUGGUCAUGAAGUGGCUGUGCUCAAAGGACAACUGUACGUGAUUGGAGGGAAGCAGUAUUAUGGCGUGGAUGACACCUUGAAUUCUACUUAUAGAUAUGACCCCCUUCGAAACAACUGGGAGACACUGGCUGAAAUGCGAGAAAGGAGAUGUUCUUUCUCUGUUGUUGUCCUAGACGGAAAGAUAUAUGCAAUCGGUGGACAUUGUGACCCUGAGUAUAGAGACAGUGUUGAACGGUACUGCCCCGCGACCAACUCUUGGAGUUACACCUGUCCAUUGGAUCUGCCUUUGAGUGGGCAUGUGGCGAAGGUUCUACAGGGGCAGAUCUUCAUCUCAGGAGGGUUGAACAACGACUACCUGUGUCUGGCGUCCACAUUUCUCUAUCACCCAGAAAGAGGAAGCACCUAUCUGGACAACAUGAGUAAACCACGGGCUUACCACUGCAUGGAGACUCUGGGCGGCUGUCUUUACGUAGCAGGUGGAAUGACCACGCACGAUAACGUGAAUGCCACCGACCAGCUGGCUUGUGAGAUGUAUAACCCAGCAGCGGACUCCUGGACGUCCUUCCCGCCGCUGCCGGUGCCUCAUAUGGGAGCGGGAAGUGCAGUUUUGGAGGGAAAGUUCUACGUGCUGGGCGGAUACAGCCAGGAGGACUACAGCGACAUGAAGAUGGUCCACCGUUACGACCCGGCGACGCAGCAAUGGGAAAAUAUGGGCAAGAUGCCGGGGCCAAACAAUGAUAUACGAGCGACCGUUCUGUGUUUACCAGCACAUUUCAGAUUGUAAAACACACAUAUCAUAUUUAUUUGAUAUAGUAGAAUGAUGCUGUUUUGGCUUGUGAAAACAUUUUUGUAACUUUUUAUUUGCAAAACCUGAGAUGUAUGGAGAGAAAUUUGUUUCUUUAUUCAGCAGUCAAAAAGAAUAGAUUUGCAACCAAAAAAGAGAUUUUAGAGCAAAAGACAGUAAGUGGCAAUCAAAAAAAUAGAUCAUUUUGCUUAUAAAUCAGUCGUCUUUGCUUGUGAGUU